AACAUAAUAAACAUAAGUAGGUAGACGGGAUGCGAGAAGCACGUCAGAGUACAUGUACGUGUGUUUACGUCUUGCGUAUUUGUCAGCUUUGUUUCUUUCCGAUUUGAGAGCAUCUUCAAUUUCUAUUCAGCCUUUUUUGCUUAACUCGGUCAGGAAAACUUGAGAGAGUUGCGAGAGAUCAUCCUUCAUAAUAUACGCCCAAACCAUUAUUGUCUUUCGCUGGAGUGUACGUAGUGGCCAAAACUGCCAUAAGAAAAGCCAUUGAUUUAAUCCACGGCAACCGCAGUAGUACUAGAAGACCAUCAUCUGAGCGAGUAUGGCAAAUCCAGCCAUCACAAACUACCGGUCCCUACUCAGAGACGUCGCCAGUGGCCUCAGCAAAAAAGACGUUGAAGAGAUGGCGUACACCCUCGGGUUUGAUGCAGCAGCAGACAUCACUUCCGGUACCCACCUGCUGCGGGAGAUGGAGAGACAGGACAAACUGGACGAAGACAACUUGGAUGAUUUGAAGAGGCUACUGGAGGAUCAUAAACGCAACCGACUCGCUAAGAAGGUGCAGGAGUUUCAGGCAGCACAGAAAUCAGCUAUGGAGGAACCAUUGAGCAAGACUUGGCCGACCUCCACUUUCAACCAGCAGAAGGCACCAGCUGCAGACAAGCCAAGAACCCAGAGUAUUACCACAGAGCCAGCGAUGAAUGCUCAAGCAGUACCACCGUUUCCAGCAGGUAUGCAGCAUUAUUACCCAACUCCACAAGGAGUGGCAUCCCUGAGUUACCAAAGCCCUAUGAGCAUGCAGCAACAAGUAUCGGUAGAUCAGUACGCGGUAUAUCCUCAACCAUUACUGCAAUCACAUCCAGGGGAGGGACACCCUAUGCAAGACCGUAAUCCAACACAUCAACCAGUCCAAAUGGCCAAUCAUUACUAUCAAGCUUCGCAGACUGGCAAUCCAUAUCAGCAAGGUUUGAGUACCCCCGGUUAUGCUCCCUGUGUGAACGGAGGCAGCGUCCAGCAAAUGCCCAAUGACCAAGACCUCCAAAACACGAUCCAGCAACUUCAGGAAAAGCUCCGGCUCCAAACCCUACUACAGAACAGUGGUAACCAAGCCCCAACAGCAGUACAGUACACAGGCACUCCCGGUAGCCAGCCAAAUAUUGGAACCCCGCAAGCAGAACCCCGCUCGCGAAUCCAGUCCUAUCCGCAAGCAUCCGGAGUACCCCAGGUGCAAGGCUACAUGCCCAACAAUGCCCCACCCGGUCAUGCCAAGGUCUCUGCCAUCAAAUCAGCCCCGUGUGCGAUGUCUGCGGCCGGCCAGAAUCUCCAAAAUUUCUCCCCAAAUGUCACGGAGCCAGAGGCAAGUUUGAAGGGACCCCACCAGUCUCACCCUAAGAUAGAAAACCAGACCUGGAACAUACCCGUUGAGAAUGUUGCUGGUGAAGGCAUGCCCAAGGUAAACGGACAGCAGAUGGAAAAAGGCAACGUCAUGACCGGGACUUCGAGCAUUGGAGGACAGUCUCCUUCAAGUGAGAUCAAGAGAUACAAUGCUGCAAAUACGGCUGCUACUGAUGGCACCUACCAGACAGGCAGAGUGCGUGCUGACUCGGUGGAGAAUAAUCGGAAUUCAACCACCAUAGCGGCACACCCAAUAUCCACAAACAGCAUUGGCAAUGCCGAGCGUCAGCUGUUGUCAGAGUAUGGUACUGGAAAGCAACUCUACGAUCACCGCAGAAUUGACCUCUUUGAGAACGGUCCAUACCAAGUGAAGAUCCAAGAGGGGGUUCACGUGCUCACCACCGAGGGUGGUCACGUGAUCCUCCGAUACGGCACCAACUACACGAUCAAGCUGUUCAACAACGACCAGCGUUUGCGUUGCAGCGCCGUGGUCUGCUACAAUGGAAGAUUUGCUGGUGACUGGACCGUGGAUCCGAGAGGCAGCAUAGUCAUAGAACGCCCUGCCACAGAGGAGAGAAAAUUCUGCUUCAUUGACCCGUGUAGUGCCGCUGCUGGGUCAGGGGUCACAGACGGGGACCCCAAUAAUGGUCUGGUCCGAGUUGUCUUCACCCCAGAGAAGAGCAAGACAGGGCCCUGGAAUGAUAUAAGCAGAGGUUUUGGCAACUUCGGCAGUGAGCCCGAGGUGGACUACUUUGGCACGGACGACGCCGUCCCUUCCGUCAACGACGUUCCGCGCAGCCUCGUUGGACCUUCUCAUUCAGACUGGCAACCGGGCGCCACGAUACUGCAAGGCACAAGCAGCCAGCAGUUCACUGCCUCCGAGCACUUUCAGCUGGAUGAGUCCCGCAAAAAGGUCAUCGAGUUCAAGCUUGUUGGAAGAAGAUAAGGGACUAGUUUACCUUUCUUGUGAGUCGUAUUGUGGGGAGGUUUUGCAAUUUAAGCCAUGCAGUUCAAACUUGGCUGCUGAAAUAGCCCUGAAUCGAAUUGAAUUAAACAUUUGGCUUCUGACUAGCGCCCCUUGAACAAAGAUAUUGACGAAUUGGGGAACUGCUAACAUAGCGCUGGAUAGCUCAGUUGGUAGAGCACCGGACAGUACCCCGCUCCCGUCAAUUUCUUUGUUCAACAUUUCAAAAAAUUGAAUGAAAUCAUGAUAAAUCAAUUGAGUUUUGUGAUGUGAUUCGAUUAUCUUUUUGCAAAUUGAUACGCUGUUGAUAAUUGUUACACGUAUGGAACAAUUUAUCAAACAUUAAUAAAUACCUUGGAGAUUUGAUGGUUUCUGAUUGGUCGAGACUCGAUCACGUGGCCGGGCAUUAACGGUGAUAAUG